AUGGUUCGGAUGGUCCCCCAUUGUGCUGAUCUUUAUCAAGGUCGAAUGUGCAUCCAAAUCUUUUUAGUUUUACUCUUCCAAGUUGUAACCACAUUUGCCUAUACGACAAGUCCUACGCCAUGGUUUUGUACAGACCCGAGUGCAUUAGAUUCAAAUAUUGAGAUUUCUCGAAAACUGCCAUCAUGUUUACCAGGCUAUGUUAUUGACAUAGAAGAAGUUGUGUAUGAAUCAACAAGUGAUGGUACAUGUUCCGGUAAAAGUUUAUGUAGUUACCAGAAUAGAAAUGCACUCUCAUUCGCGUGUAAUAGCAAACAAAAAUGUACCGUGGAUAUUCGACACUCUCGUUUUCAUAUUAAUAAAACUUGUGGUUCAACAGUGAGAUUUUUUACUAAGUAUCGUUGUUUGCCUGUUAUACAAGAACAAAAGAAUUAUUCAUGUGAAUCAACCAUGCGUCAAGCAAACUCAGGUGAUAUUAAUUUAUUUUGUGACAACAACUAUCGUCUGUAUAUAAAAAUGGCAUUAGUUGGAAUUAUUGGUAAACCGCACGAUGGUACCAAAACUCGUGUUAAAUGUAAUAAGAAUACAUAUUGGCUGUGCAAUCAUUAUGUACAAGAUGCUUAUCGUAGUGUUUGCAAUAAUCAAUUAAAUUAUGGUAUUGGGAACCAAUGUAAAAUUCGAUAUAGUGAACGACCAAGACUACACGGAUGUGAACACGGAGAUCUAUCAAAUUUCUCAUUAGUAGAAUAUGCGUGUAUACCAGGUGAAAGUAUAAACGAAGAUCUUCCUCGAAUAGAUAUUUGUUCAAGUAAACAAGAUGAACGAAUACCUAUCAAUCGUGGCCUUCUUCAGUCUCCUAAUUAUCCUCAAUAUCUAGGGCAAUAUGUAUCGUGUAUGAAGCAGUUACAUGUCCCUCGUGAAUCUCGUUUACGUUUAUUUAUGCUUGAAAAAUCUAUUGAUUAUUAUCAGGAAUUAAACAUUCGCCUAUUAAAUAAUGAACCCAAUACGCAACGUACAUUAGCUAAAAACGAAUUAUUCGAUACAAAUAUAACUCAUCCAUUAAGUGAUGAAAUCGUCGAAAUCGAACUCAAAACAAAUCAUAUUGGUAGUGGAAACUUUUUACUUUAUUUCCAAGUCGAUUCCCGCAUCUCGGAAUACGCUGCAUCAGUGUUUGAAAAUGGCCGGGCUACUGACGAUUCUAAUCGACGAGAAAAACUAUUGGUUAAACGAGAUUGGGGUGUUGUUAUCGGUUGUUUAAUCGGCCUUAUUUCCGUGAUUUUGAUUAUCGGUAUUGUUUUACUUUCAUGUCGAAUUUUAAAAACUCGUCGUGCACGUACUCGGAAAUAUAUGAGAAAAGAUGAUGAUCAUCGUCAACAUUUGAAUGCGCCUGCUACUAAUUUAAAUGACAAUCGUCAUCCUAUAAGAGGAAUAAAAAUAGAGCAUCCACAUUUAUUAUCUUCACCACCAAAAAUCAUUUCAUCAUCAGUGCCUGUUCAUGAUAAUGGAUCGGAUCGCGAAACUCUUCUUAAACAUGGCCAUCAGAUAAAUGCAGCAAGUACGAAUAUUGAUAAUUUUUAUGAAGAAAUAAAAGAACAUCAACAACAAACUAAUUUCAAUUUAGGAAAUUAUCCUGAAUUGAAAAAAUUCGAAAAUAAUAAUUCUUCACAACCAAUAAGAGAUCAUCGUGAGACUGAACCAACUGUACGUCGAUCAGCACCAACGUCGACGCCCGCAUCAUACCAACGACAUUUAGGAUUCGCAGUAUCUGAUGCACCGAUGGCAAGUACAGAAACUCUAGAUGUUGGAAGUAAUUCAGCAAAAAUUCAACAUAUGAAACGUCCUGCAGAAGUACCACCACCUAGAAUGGAUUUAAGCCAUCCGCUACCAACUGCACCUCCACUUCAUUUACUGCAAACUGAUCUAAACGAAAAUAUGCAGCCACAGCAACGCAUGCAUCAUAUGCAAAAUUGGAAUAAUAAGAAUUAA